GACCGGCAAUGGAUGUACAAUGCUGACCGACGUUCGAAAGAAUUCAUUGAUGGCCUGCAUUAUUUUUUGUCUGUGGCUGAGGCAAACAAGCAGAAUGGUUUUAUGUGCUGCCCGUGUGUUCAUUGCAACAAUAACAAGGAUUACUCAUCUUCAAGAAUCCUACACAGCCACAUUUUCGCAAAUGGUUUCAUGAAAAAGUAUGUUUGUUGGACGAAGCACGGAGAACAGGGGGUUACCAUGGAAGACAAUGAAGAAGAAGAUUUUGACGACCACUUUCCCGGGAAUGCUGGAAUCGGUGCAUUCGAUGACGAUAUUCCCAUGGAAGAGCCCGAAGUAGAUGUAGCAGAAAAUGAUCCCAGCGACGAUCUGGGGCAAGCAUUGCACAAUGUGCAGGCAGACUGUGAGAGUGAAACGGAGAGGUUGAAGUUCCAGAAGUUGUUAGAGGACCACCAUAAGUUGUUGUACCCAGAUUGUCAAAAUGGAUUUAAGAAACUUGGCACCACCUUGGAGUUGCUGCAAUGGAAGGCGACAAAUGGUGUAUCCGACAAGGGAUUUGGUGAAUUACUCAAACUUGUUAAAAAAAUGCUUCCUAAGGACAAUGAAUUGCCUGCCACAACGUAUGAAGCCAAACAACUUGUUUGCCCUUUGGGACUGGAAGUGCAAAAGAUACAUGCAUGCCCCAACGACUGCAUCCUCUACCGAGGCGAGUACGAGAAUUUGGAUGCAUGUCCCGUAUGCAGUGCAUUGCGUUACAAGAUUAGAAAAGAUGAUCCUGGAGAUGUCGAGGGAGAGCCUCCCCGGAAGAGAGUUCCUGCGAAGGUCAUGUGGUAUUUGCCUAUAAUACCACGUUUGAAGCGUCUGUUUAGAAAUAAAGAUAAUGCUAAGUUGAUGCGAUGGCACAAAGAGGAACGCAAGAAAGACUCGAUGUUGAGACACCCCGCUGAUGGGUCGCAGUGGAGAAAAAUAGAUAGAACGUACCCUAAAUUUGAUUUGGAUGCGAGAAACAUAAGGUUCGGUUUGAGUACGGAUGGCAUGAAUCCUUUUGGUGAGAUGAGCAGUGGUCAUAGCACUUGGCCUGUGACUCUUUGUCUGUACAAUCUUCCACCAUGGCUCUGCAUGAAACGAAAGUUCAUCAUGAUGCCAGUGCUUAUCCCGGGUCCAAAGCAGCCCGGAAAUGACAUUGAUGUGUACCUAAGACCAUUGGUCGAAGAACUCUUAUUGCUCUGGGGCGAUGAAGGUGUACGGAUGUGGGAUGAAUACAAACAGGAAAACUUCAACCUACGAGCAUUGCUGUUCGUAACGAUCAAUGACUGGCCUGCUCUUAGUAACUUGUCAGGACAUUCGAACAAGGGAUACAAAGCAUGCACACACUGUUUAGAUGAUACCGAUAAUAUAUGGUUGACUCACUGUAAGAAGGUUGUAUACAUGGGUCAUCGUCGGUUUCUUCCCAUCAGGCAUGCGGUACGAAAGAAGGGCAAGCAUUUCAAAGGCCAAGCGGACCACCGAACAAAACCGAUGCACCGUAGUGGUAAAGACGUCUUCAACAUGGUAAAAGAUCUAGAAGUUGUUUUUGGAAAGGGAUCUGGUAGCCAACCUGUUCCGAACGAAAAUGGAAUGGCGCCCAUGUGGAAGAAGAAAUCUAUAUUUUGGGAGCUACCAUAUUGGGAAGUCUUAGAUGUUCGUCAUGCAAUUGAUGUGAUGCACCUCACGAAGAAUUUUUGCGUCAACCUGAUAGCAUUCUUGGGAGUGUACGGAAAGACAAAAGAUACAGUAGAAGCACGUCAAGAAUUGCAACGUAUGGAAGAACGAGAUGCCUUACAUCCACAACAGCGAGAUAAUGGACGACAAUACUUAAGUCCUGCCAGCUAUACUCUUAGCAAGGAAGAGAAAGAAACCAUGUUUGACUGCUUGAGCAGUAUAAAGGUUCCAUCUGGAUACUCAUCCAAUAUAAAAGGAAUCUUAAAUUUGGCAGAGAAGAAAUUUACAAAUCUCAAGUCCCAUGACUGCCAUGUGCUUAUGACCGAACUUCUUCCGGUUGUGCUGCGGGGGAUUCUGCCUGAUAACGUCCGGUUAACCAUCGUGAAGAUAUGUGCCUUCCUCAACGCAGUUUCUCAGAAGAUAAUUGACCCGGAGAAUUUGAUAAAGCUGCAAAACGAUGUGGUGCAAUGUCUUGUUGGCUUUGAGCUGAUAUUUCCACCAUCUUUCUUCAACAUCAUGACACAUCUUCUAGUGCACCUUGUCAAAGAGAUUGAUAUUCUCGGACCAGUAUUUCUACACAACAUGUUCCCAUUCGAAAGGUUCAUGGGGGUACUCAAGAAAUGUGUUCGUAAUAGAGCUCGUCCAGAAGGAAGCAUCGCCAGUGCCUACGGAACUGAGGAGGUCAUUGACUUUUGUGUUGACUUUAUUGAUGACCUUAAACUGAUUGGAGUCCCUGAAUCGCGAUAUGAGGGGAGACUAUCUGGAAAGGGUACAUUAGGAAAGAAAUCUUAUGUCUGCACAGAUGAUUUCUCAUUCAAGAAAGCGCAUUAUACGGUUCUUCAACAAUCAUCCUUGGUUGACCCAUAUAUCGAGGAACACAAGAAAAUUCUGCUCUCCAAUUUCCCGGAAAAGUCUGAGGCAUGGAUUACACGUGAGCACAUGAACACUUUCUGUAGCUGGUUGCGGAAGCAUCUAAUGCAUAACAUGGAUAUAAGUGAACAACUGUUCUUAUUGGCUAGGGGACCAUCUUGGAAUAUCUUAACAUACCAAGGGUACGAGAUAAAUGGAAACACAUUUUAUACGAUAGCCCAAGAUAAAAAGAGUACCAACCAAAACAGCGGUGUUCGUAUGGAUGCCACGGACAAUAAUGGAAAAAAAGACACAUAUUACGGCUACAUUGAAGAGAUAUGGGAGCUGGAUUACGGUCCCAAUUUCAAGGUGCCUCUAUUUCGUUGCCAAUGGGUUAAGCUAUCUGGAGGAGGGGUAACAAAAGAUGAGUAUGGGAUGACAAUAGUUGAUCUCAACAAUCUUGGGUAUAGAGACGAGCCAUUUGUCCUAGCCCAGGAUGUCGCUCAGGUUUUCUACAUUAAGGACAUGUCCAGCAAGCCAAAGAAGGGGAUCAACAAGCAAAAGGAUGAGCCUAAGCGACACAUAGUUCUAUCAGGAAAGAGAAACAUCGUUGGAGUGGAGGACAAGACAGACUUUUCAGAAGAAUAUAAUAAUUUUGUUGCCAUUCCAGCUUUCGAAGUAAAUGCUGAUCCAUGCAUCCUGCUAGCCAAUGAUGAUGCUCCAUACUUGCGCCGUGAUCAUAAUCAAGGGACAUUUGUGAAGAGAAAGUCUGUUACCGCUAAUCCUUCAUGUACUUGAAUCAUUUUAUAUUAUUGUAUAAAAACAUAAUCGCAAUUCGA